AUGAAAACCUUCGUCGUCAGUCUACUCCUGGCGACGCGCUUACAUGAAGGUAGCUUCGCUGCGCCUGCUCGUACCCGAAGGAACGCUGCACUAGUCAGCGACACACCCGGGAUUGCCGACGACGCAACAGCGCUACCCUCGCCCGUCAGCGUCGACGAUCAACAAUUGGAUAAGAUAGGAACGUCGUGCCUGACCCGUGGCGACCACGAGCAGCUGGCCGGCGGCAUUCUACGGCACGGCAUGGCGCGCGUCUUCAACGUCAAAUUGGCCAACGAAGCGCAGAAGGCGAUUGGGCUGGCAGAGCUGCGGGCCGUGGCCGGAUUUGCGCCCCCCAGACCGUGGGCAGCGUUUCGGGAGCCAUCUUUGAGCAACGAGAUCGACGCAGCGACGCCCAUCGAGGAAUACUACGCACUGAGGGAGCCACGCAGCGAGGCGCGCAGUUUGGAUAGCGCCGAUUUCUUUGAGUGGAACUUCCCGCCGGCCAUCGACUUCUUGGACGCACGAUUCCCCGCCAUUCGCCUCGCCUACCGGCACACAUUCCAGGCAAUCUAUCGUCGUCGUCAGACCGGCGCGAAUGCGCGAAUUGACCGGAACACCGUUGAGCGGAUGAUCGAUGGAUAUCGCGCCGUUUCCCCGCGUGUCGGCCAUGUAAUCACAACCUUGAUCUUGAACGAUGAUUGCUCG